UCCUUCCAGCCUCCCUUAAGAACUGUACACUUUCAGCUGUCACCCAGGGUAACUCAGAUCAGGCUUAGAAAUCACUUGACUUAGCAGCAUUUUUUUUUUCUUUGUGUAUGUGUUACUUUAACAGUCCUCUCUAAAAACUGGAGGCAUUCGAUUUCAUGUCAGCAAAAGGAAUUUAAAAAUGCCAAAACUGUAAUCUGUUAGAAGUAGUUAAUUUGUAGAAUUUUACAUUAUCAGGGGGCAUAGUUUCAAUUUGUUUUGAAAUGAAAGAAGAAUUAAGUUGUGUUUUUAGCCAGAUGAAUUGGCAUCUUUAUAUUUAGGAGAAGUAACAUUGAUUAUUUAUGUCAAGAAUCACGACUAGAAAAAUCUUGGAAGUUUAGUAGAGGAGUAUAUGUUGUACAUGCAAAGACAAGAUCUGCAUGUACCUAUGUAGUUCUGGGUAUCUGGUGAAGGCCAUUUUAGGUGACUGGACAAGAGAAGGAGGUGCUCUAGUGAUCCUUGAGUCACAGCCAUACUGCUAGGACCAUGACUACUAUACCAAGAAAAGGCAGCGGCCACCUGCUUGGCAGUUUGCACACCUGUAAGUUGAAGCUGCAGGAGGACCAGCGACAGCAAGAAAAAUCUGUCAUUGCUCAACCAAUAUUUGUUUUUAAAAAGAGAGAACAUACUUUUAAGAGACCUGCAGAAGACACCCGGUAUGAAGCAACAGAACCAGAAUGUAAUGGUUUUUCAAGAAAGCGUGUGCGGUCUUCAUCUUUUACUUUUCAUAUUACAGAUUCUCAGUCCCAGGGAGUGAGGAAAAACAAUGUUUUUAUGACAUCAACUCUUGUGCAAAGUAAUGUUGAUAUAAAGAGUGCAGAAAAAGGUCCUGUGAAACAUUCUGAACGUGUUCUUAGACCUGCUAUUUUGCAGCUACCUCAAGCUCGAAGUUGUGCAAAAGCAAGAAAAACAUUUGGACACAAGGCAUCGGAAUCCUGCAAGACUAAAGAAAAAACAAAAAAUAAGAUUUCUGAGGGAAAUUCUUAUUUGUUAAGUGAAAAUGUAUCAAGUGCCAGAAUUUCAGUCCAGCUGUCUACUAAGCAGCACUUUUUAAGUGCAACAUCAGUAGGAUGUCAACCAAACGAAGAUAAAUGUUUUUUAAAAAGCUGCAGUUCCAAUUUUGUUUUUGGAGAAAAUAUGGUAGAAAGAGUUUUGGGUACUCAAAAGCUCACCCAGCCUCAACUUGAAAAUGAUUCAUAUGCUAAGGAAAAACCAUUCAAAUCCACUCCGAAAUUUCCUAUCAACUUUUUAAGUUCAAGAACAGACUCUAUUAAAAAUACUUCCCUAAUUGAAUCAGCUGCUGCAUUCUCUUCUCAACCAUCACAAAAAUGCUUGCUGGAGAAAAUUGAUGUUAUAACCGGAGAGGAAACAGAACAUAAUGUGUUAAAGAUCAACUGCAAGCUUUUCAUAUUCAACAAAACAACACAAUCCUGGAUUGAAAGGGGCAGAGGAACGUUGAGACUGAAUGACACAGCAAGCAGUAACUGUGGAACAUUACAGUCAAGACUAAUUAUGCGCAAUCAAGGCAGUCUAAGGCUGAUCCUCAAUAGCAAACUCUGGGCCCAAAUGAAGAUUCAAAGAGCAAACCACAAAAAUGUACGAAUAACAGCUACUGAUUUAGAAGACUAUACCAUCAAAGUAUUUUUAAUUCAGGCCAGUGUCAAAGAUAUAGCAUAUUUGUAUGCAGCAAUACAUCAUCGUCUUGUUGCCCUUCAAAGCUUCAAUAAGCAGAAAGACGUCAAUCAAGCUGAAAGCCUGUCAGAAACAGUCCAACAAUUGAACUGCGAAAGCUGUGAUGAGAAUGAGGAUGAUUUUAUCAAAGUCACUAAAAACAGAUUAGAUCCUUCUAGGUGGACUCACAGUCGGUUGCCUGUUCAUGAAUACUACCUACUAUAAAUAUGACAUCUACAAAGAGGGGUCACCCUACUAAAAAUACUAAACCACCCUAACGAAUCAGAUUCUAUUCAUUCCUUGAAGAGUUUUUACAGAAAACCUUAAGAAAUGUAAUUUGUUGCAAUUAACAUUUUUCUCUUAUGUUUUACAUUUUACAUUUUGAUUGUUAUGCAGAAACUGACAGAAUUUUAAAAAAUUAAUGGACUUCAGAAGUUCAAAAUUUAUCAUUUUUGAAGAAGUUAGAGUAGGAUUUUAUAAACUAAUUUGGACUUUUCAUCACAUUGGUAGAUAUAAUAGUUGGAAUUAUAAAUUGCUAGAUUUGAUAAAUAUCUAACAAAAUGUUUAUUUUUUUUCAGUCACACAUUGGCCAUAAAACAAAUACUUUACUAAAUUUCCAGAGUAAUUUCUUUGAAAAAUAAUAUAAUUGCAUGAUAACAUUUCACUAAAUCCUAUUUACCUUCAGGGAAAUGUGUAUUUUAAUUUAGAUUUUGGAUUUUCUAAUAUGAUAAGCUUAUAUAUUCAUGGUAUGAAUUCCCUUAAAAAGAGCAUCUGCUCUUGGACUUGUAUCUGUUGCAUCUUGUAAAUGCUUGACUCACGGUCAGCAUCCAAUAGUUGUUAAAUGAAUAAAUAAAAUAUAAUACAUUACUUAUGUAUCAAAAAGCCAUUUUAUACUUAUGUAUAAAAAUGCCAAAAUGUUAACUUGUUCUACUUUGUUUUAUGUAAUUGUAUUUUCAUUAAUAUUUUAGUAGGUGUGGCUGUAUAUAGAGAAAAACAAACGCAUCAUAUAUAGCCAAAUGAAUCUUUUUCUCAGUUGCUAUUAUUAUAGUAGGCUACAGUAAUUUCAA